AUGACAGGGCGCUCAGAGGAAGAGGCAACAUCUCAGUCUCUGAAGGAGAGCAUAGAAAAACGUGUAUCAUUUCCCCCAGAUGAGCAGAUGGUAUCUGACUUUGUGGAGAGAAGGGCUGAACUUCAAGAGGCUGACAGUCUCACUCUGGCAGAUAUAAUUCUGGCCUACAAGCAGAGCUGUGAAAAGCACCAUGUGAAACCAAACCCAAAGGCUCUUGAUCAGUUAAAGCAAAUUAAUUGUGUUACUGACAGAGCCAGGUGUUUUGACCUGUCAGGUGAGCGGUUAGAUUAUUGCUCCUGCGAAUCUCUUGAAGAGAUCCUGAAAUCAGUGCAAUUCGAUUUUAUCAGUCUGAAGGGGGCCGAGCUUGAGCAAAAUGGAGCAUCAUCUUUGCUAGAUAUGUUUUUGUACUACGAGUCAGCUACACACCUCGACGUGUCCUCGAACUCAGGAAUGGGAUUCUCGGGUUGGCUGUCACUGUCACACCUCCUCCGACAGAGUGGAUGCCUGUGGAGGCUGGAUGCUUGCAACAUGCCUAUGGUGGACUACGCUGCGCAGGCCUUGUCAAAAGCCCUUCUCACCAGCAGGCUGACAGUGCUACACCUUGAAAACACCUGCCUGAGCGGCAAACCUCUCUUCACACUUGUUGGUGCUCUGAAAAAGAACGUCGCCUUGCAGGAGCUUUACCUCUCUGAAAACAACCUCAACGGCUACCAGGACUCCAUGCAACUUGGCGACCUCCUCAAAUACAAAAGCACUCUUAAAACCUUGGACCUAAGCAACAAUACCAUGUCUGACUCAGGUUUGGAAGAGAUUUGUGAUGCUUUGAGCUCUCAGAAGACUGGUUUGAGAACGCUGAUACUCAGUAACAAUCACAUCACUCAUCUCGGCAUGAGCCAUCUACAGGAUGUUCUGCCCCACUUAAAAACACUUGAAACAUUGAACCUUGGCAAAAACAACCUCGAGAACAGAGGUAUUCACACGUUAAAGGAGUCCCUCAUGAUCAAUCGCUCUUUAUUGCAACUUGGCCUAGCCUCUACAGGAAUAACAUGCGAGGGUGCUGUGACUUUGGCUGAGAUCCUUGCAGAGAAUCCACAGAUCCAGCGUUUGGACGUACGGCAGAACCAGGUGCUUGCUGGGGGCCUCAUGGCUCUGUCGUUGGCCCUGAAGAUCAACCGUUCACUCAUCAGACUGGAUCUGGACCAACAUUUGAAAGAGGAAAAGGUCAGUUGUCAGCUGUUCCUCAUCCUGAUUAUCUAA